GCGUCCUUCGCGUCGCUUCAUCUCCCCUUGCUGUCCUUCCCCGUUGGGUCUCGCUUCGCUGCUCGUCCGCCCAUGCGAUAUGAACCCUCCCCAGUCGCAUGACCACUCCCGACGGAGGUCCUGGGGCAGCAGCGGUAGUUCGGCCUUUCCUGGCCAGUCAGAUCAGUCCUCCGCUCCUUCGUCAGGCGCUCGUCGGAUGCCUCCUCCGUCUCCACCGCAGCAUUACCCGUCGCGCGGUCAAUCGGGAAAUUCCUCCUCCCUCUCCACACCAUUCUUGUCGCGUGAGCCUCCCAGCACCGCGGCCCAUCAUCGUCCUGGGAGCAGCAUGUCGAUAUCCGCCAUGCUAGGCUCGGACGCUGACCGACCACCGCGGGAUAUAGGCUCGUCUAUUUUCUCGCGUCUUCCCGCUUCCUCCGGCCCGUUCGGCAGCGCGCCGCCGCCGCCCGCGGCUCCAAGUGCCAUGUCUCCUCCUACUGCUCCUGCUCGACCUGCGCAACACGAUUACCCCCUCUUUCGCCGAUCACAGACCCCUGAAAAGCCGUAUUCGAGGAACAAUCAGCCUAGCAGACCGUAUCGAUCGAGCUCUGGCGGCGGCCCUCCGACGACGGCUGCCGAGCAGCCCAAAUACGGCGGUCUGUCUCGUCUACCGUCCGCGCCGCAGUAUUCGGGUAAGCCCAGCUCUGCGCACCCGUCGCCGCAGGUUUCCCCGGCCGAGCCGUCGUAUAACGGUAAUGAGACUCGUCGGCUGAGCUUUAGCGGGCCACCCCGACCAAAUAGCCAGCCACAACACCUUGAACCUCCGCCGCGGCCUCCAGGCUACAGCCCGCUCUCACGGCAUGCAGCUGCUCCUGGAGAGGGUUCAUUUGGAGCGUCGCACCAGCGGGCAUCCUCGUAUCUGGGCCAUGAUUCCCAGCACGGUCGGUAUGCAGGCUUGUAUGGUGAUCGUCAGGCUGAGGAGCAGGGUCGUCGAGACAAAGAACGGGGUAUGUCACAGCCAGAAAACAAGGUAGGCGCUGCACCCUCAAGGUAUGGGUCGCUGUACGCGGACCGCGACGCAACAGCCGGUCGGCAGAGCUCGUCAUCAGCGUGGGAAAUAGGUCGUUCGCAACCAGCUUCGCCGGAAUCGAAACGGCUGUCGACGGCGGAGCAGAACUCUUAUAGCUUCGGUUUCGGCGCGAUCCAGAAUUACACCAAGACUCUAGGUUCCCAGCCCGGAGGUGCUCGCCAGCCGCUCCCAGUCCAGACCCAGCAGGGCCCUAAGACAUCCUCCCCACGCGAUCAGCCAGCGUACCUCAACAAACGACACAGCGGAUCUCAUCUAUACGGCGGGACCUCCUCUGGUCCAUCUUCUACGUUUGCACACUCUGUUGCGGAUGAUCAACCUCGCAAGGGCAGCGACGAGUUGCUACACCAUCGGAAUCUUCUUGGGGUCGGUUUAAAUGCAAAACAGGGCCGAGCUUCUCCGUUGCCCCAAGCCGUACAAGGUGCACAAGCUCAAAUACUUGGUCCUGCCGGAGAAUCGGGAAUCAAGAGCGAACUAGGGCGGGUCUUUGCCGGCAUUGGGAGCGGUGUUGGCGGCGUUACGGCUACAAGCACGGGCAGCGGACCUUCGACACCGAUGACCGCCAGUCCGUUUAAGCGUGACAGUUUAACCGCUCGACCCACUAAUACUGAGCAAACAGAUGAGAGUAAGAUUGCUCGGCCUAGCUCCGCUACCGGGAAACGCCCAAGAAAGUCAGAGGAAGAGAAUCACGCGGAUGGUGAGGAUGUUGUAGACGUACGCCUGGGAGGAUCUACGCGUGGUGGUCGACGAAGUCGCGCUGCGCAUCACCACCACCACCAUCAUCACCAUCACCACCAUCAUAAACCUGAAGAGGAGCAUUCCCCGUUCGGCAGCUCCCACAGACCACUGGGCAUGAAUAUGUUUCAUCGAUCGAAUGAUGGACUUGGAUCAGAAACUGCACAUCCUCACCACCACCAUCACCACCAUCACCACCACCACGUGCCCCGGACCGCAGCUUCCACUGCCAUGACGUCAAUGCGCGAACCAAGGACGGUUGUUACGAUAGAGCCUGUGCUCUCGAGAGUCGCUCAUCUUCCUCGGCAGCAUCUCGGGUCGACGUUAUAUGCUCCACGGAUCGGAGUACCGACUGCAAAAGCGACAUUGGAGAGUGCCAAGUUCGGCUACACAACGACUCCCCUGCCCCUUCCUCGCUUUGAUGGCAAGGAGAACUGCACCUUCACCAUCCGUGUCCCUCGAUUCCGGAUAGAUAACAGCCACCGCGAAGAAAUCUGCGCCCGCCGCGCUCUCUGGGGCACUGGUAUCUACACAGACGAUUCGGACCCAGUUGCAGCGGCGAUCCACUCGGGCUUUAUCCGCGGGGCCUGGGGGGAAGAUGUGGAUCCCGACAUGCUCGAUCUGGAGAUCAAAGAUUCAUUCCAGCACGCUCCUAAGACGGCCAAGGACAUGGGCCUCGAUGGAGACCAGCGACCCAAGAUCCCUCCGCCACCGCCGUCCGGCAAAGACCUCCACAUCACAUUACUCAUCCUCCCCAAACUGGAACGAUAUGAGAGCAGCGUGCUGUUUGGCCUGAAGUCGCGGGUCUGGGAGCAGAAUCACGAUGGCAUGAGCUUUAAAGUACUGCGAAUCGAGUGGGUAGACGAGGGUGUCGGGCGGGCGGAGGAGCGCAGCGGAGAGGCCAGGCGCAAACGCCUACGCAACGCCAUCCAGUCCGGGCGGAUCUGUACAGGGCCCGGGGUGGUGAAGCUAGAUCAGCUCCGCAGUGGAAUCGUCCAGGUUCCACGGCGGGAAACCAAGGCGAUCGAGGGCCAAGAUCAGCCUGCCUCGGCGAUGCCUAUUGUCUCGUGAGGCACGAUUCUAUAAUUCUUAUCUUGUGUUUUAUUGCUUCUAUCCUGCUUGAUCUUCUUUGAUUGUGUACUAGCGAGGCGUGACGCGAGUUUGUUUAUUGGUUCUAUUGGUUCUGUUCUUGAUUCUGGGCGGCUUGUUAAUUUACAGCAGUUUGAUUAUUUACGUUCGUUCCCCCUUCUUUGAUAGUAUCACUUAAUUUUCACUCCCGUAUAGUAAUGGAUCGAUGUCUAUAUACU